ACUCGCGGAGUGGACAUAAAAGUUUACCUGGCAACAGCUUGUAGACCCAAGAAAAACAAAAGACAAAAUGGCUAAACGUAAAAAUGACGUACAGGUCCCGGCCGAAGAAAGUGAUUUAUUGGUUAUUAGGCCAUUGGGAGCCGGACAAGAAGUUGGUCGAUCAUGUAUCAUGCUCGAAUUCAAGGGCAAGAAAAUCAUGCUGGAUUGUGGAAUUCAUCCAGGUUUAUCGGGAAUGGAUGCACUGCCUUUCGUUGAUUUGAUUGAAGCAGAUCAAAUUGACUUGUUACUCAUUUCACAUUUCCAUUUGGAUCACUGUGGGGCACUUCCAUGGUUUUUACAGAAAACAACAUUCAAGGGACGGUGCUUCAUGACACAUGCCACAAAAGCAAUUUACCGUUGGCUGCUCUCUGAUUAUAUUAAAGUCAGCAACAUUUCCACAGAUCAAAUGCUCUACACAGAGGCAGAUCUGGAGGCAUCCAUGGAAAAGAUUGAAGUUAUCAACUUUCACGAAGAGAAGGAUGUUGGUGGAGUUCGUUUCUGGGCUUACAACGCAGGCCAUGUUCUGGGCGCCGCUAUGUUCAUGAUUGAAAUUGCCGGCGUGAAAGUGCUUUACACUGGGGACUUUUCCCGACAGGAAGACAGACAUUUGAUGGCCGCUGAGAUUCCUACUGUUCGACCCGAUAUCCUAAUCACCGAAUCCACUUACGGAACUCACAUCCACGAGAAGCGCGAAGAUCGAGAAAGCCGUUUCACAGGUCUGAUCCACGAAAUUGUCAAUAGAGGUGGCAGAUGUCUGAUCCCGGUCUUUGCACUGGGUCGAGCACAAGAAUUGCUUCUCAUUCUAGAUGAAUAUUGGAGCCUGCAUCCCGAACUUCACGAGAUUCCCAUCUACUAUGCCUCGUCGCUUGCACAAAAGUGUAUGGCCGUGUACCAGACUUAUAUCAAUGCCAUGAACGACAAAAUUCGGCGGCAGAUUGCCAUCAAUAAUCCUUUCAUCUUCAAGCACAUCUCUAGUCUCAAGGGUAUCGAUCAGUUCGAAGACGUUGGCCCUUGUGUAAUUAUGGCCUCUCCCGGUAUGAUGCAGAGUGGUCUAUCUCGCGAACUCUUCGAAGCUUGGUGCACAGAUCCUAAAAACGGUUGCAUCAUCGCAGGGUACUGUGUUGAAGGAACAUUGGCAAAACAUGUUUUGUCAGAACCGGAAGAUAUUACCAGCAUGGCUGGCCAGAAGCUACCAAUGAAGCUUUCAGUUGACUACAUUUCAUUCUCCGCUCACACUGACUACCAACAGACCAGUGAAUUUAUUCGUUUGCUGAAGCCACCUCAUGUCGUUUUGGUUCACGGCGAGGCCAACGAGAUGAACCGACUCAAAGCGGCGCUCAUCCGAGAGUAUGAACAUGAUCCAGACACUCAAAUCCGUAUAUACAAUCCACGUAACACUGCGGCAGUAGAACUCCAUUUCAAGGGCGAAAAAACGGCCAAAGUGAUGGGAUCUCUGGCGUUUGAAAAACCAGUCGAAGGCCAAAUCAUUUCUGGUGUCUUGGUCAAACGAAACUUCAAAUACCAAAUUGUGGCGCCGUCGGAUAUUUCGAAAUACACAGACAUGACUGUAAGCAGCGUAACUCAAAGGAUGGGUAUCCACUACAGCGGGAAUCUGCAAACGUUACAAGCUGUCCUGUCUCACGUUUCGCCUGACGUCGAAGUUAUCGAGAGCGACAAAGGACUAAAAACAUUUCGCCUUUUCUCUGCCAUUGAUGUCAUUGUUGAUAAAACUCUGGUUACAUUAGAAUGGGCGGCUGAUUCUGUGAACGACAUGUUCGCUGACGCAGUGCUUUCAGCUAUCUUAAAGUGCGAAUCUCUUCAAGGUUCGAGGACGAUUGUGCUACCCACGACUGUUGAUCAUGCCCGCUUCAAGGAAUGCUUGAUAGAAAUGCUUCAAGAUAUGUUUGGAGAUGAUGCGGUUCCAAAAAUGUUCAAAGGAGAUAAAUUCAUUGUUACCGUUGACGGAAAAAGAGCCAAUAUAGAUCUCACAGCAUUGGAGGUGGAAUGUCCUGAAGAUGUUGGAUUUCAACAAGUGGUUCAAACGGCUGUACUUAAAUUAUAUCAAUCUUUGGCACCAAAAGCAGAAAAAGUAAAAUAACUUGUAUUGAUAUUUAAUAAUGGAAGAAUAAACAACUGCUAAAGUA